AAAUCGAAAUCUUGUUCAGUUCGAUUUAAACGUUCAUCCAUCCCAAUUUCUCAAAUCAUCUUCACUUCAGCCAUUUGACUUUUAUUUAAGAAGCAGUGUAGUUCGACCGUUUUACUUUUCCAAUCCACAUCAAAGCAAGAUCUGAUUUAUUUAACUUUUUAUCAAACUCAACCAAAUUCGAAUUCCAACCAAUCAUCAUGAUGAGUUCUGAUCAUCCAACUGAUAUCUUACAAUACCCUCCUAUCAUUUGUCCUUUACCUCGUAGAACUCAUUCUUAUCCAUAUCCAUCACCUUAUCAUCAACAAUAUCAUUCAAACAAACAUCCUUCACAUCAUCGUCAUCAAUCUCGAUCUCGUAUCUCUACUCCUCAUACCUCACGUCCUUCUUCUAGGAUUCAUAACUUAUCACCUAAUCCAUCAGAUCAUCAAUCCAAUCUGAAUUCCAAUGAAGAUCUUAAAUCGACUAGAUCCGAUUCACCUCCAAUCUUCACUCGCUCAGCCAGUCUUCAACUCAAUUCUUCAUUCGAUCUCGAUUCCAAAUUAGCUCCAGAAGAUGAUGUUCUUUCAGAGUUUCUUUCACUUUUUAUUCCUUCUUCACCUCAUAUUGUUCAUUCGAUAACUCCUACUAGUUCUCCUACUAACUUGAUCAAAUCGACACCUCAACCAUACCAACGUCGAUCUGUAACUGGUCAUCGUCCUAGAUCUAGACUAGCUGGAUCUCAUCUGAACAUUGAAUCCGAACCAUCCAAACGUUACAAUUGGUUGAUCGCAUCACCCAUCUCUAGAUGCCAUAAUCCACUUCCACAGCAUUCAAACCUAGACCUCUUGGCAUCUAAACUGGCUGACCCGAUUCAAGGUUUAGUCCUCACAGACCGUCAAGUCGAUCAAGAAGACCGAAAGCUCAGUAGUCCAGUGAUGAUCUCUUGACUCAAAUCUCAUCCGUACCUGUUCAUCUAGCUUUUUUUCUUUCUUGAUCAAGUCUUCCGUUGUCUUACCUGUCAAAAGUUUUCCUCAUACCAAUCGUUGCUUUUUCUUAUCUAGCUCCAUACAAUCUAAUCUUUCUUUCUUUUUUUGCUCAAUCAUGAAUACAAAUAAAGUAUACAUCACCUAUUGAAUGUAUCAAUCGUGUUUUGCUAAAAGAAGAGGAAGAUUUACAAGAGAUAUCAACGAGAUAUCUUUUGAUUGAUCCUUUUGCUUUUUCUUCUCUCAAUGUAGUCUUUUCUUAUUAUUGAUGUGUUUUGUGAUCAUGUUCCAAUAUUAUCUUUUCUUUUUCUCCAUCCUUGUCUCAUCUUUUACGCUGUUUACCGUUUUCCCUUAUUGUCUACACUACAUUUUUAACCUGAUUUCUUGAUUUUGCAUUCUUCUUUCAUUUCCAUUAUCAUUAGGUUUCUUUUUCUUUGAUAUACUAAUGAUGAGGUUGUAAUGAAAAAUUCUAAAUUGUUUUGCAUACAUAGGAUCAUUUUUUUUUCUUUCUUUUCAAUUUCUUUUUCUUGUUAAGUACAGUACUACAUCCUGUAUGUACACCUUUCUUGAAAUAUGAUUUUAUUUAUCAUCUUGUU